AUGCCGACCUACUUCGAGAAGCUCGCCGCGGCCAAGCAGGCCAUCGCGGCGAAGUCCAAGGAGUCCUACGCGCCGCCCCCGCGUCUCCACGUCGACGAGAACACCGGUCUCAACCGCCAGGGGCUCGAUUACGUGGAUCCGAUAAACAAAACCAAGGGCUCCGUGGCGCUGCCCCCGUUCGCCAAGCCCGUGGUCGAGCGCGACGAGGCCACCGGGGAGUACUACGUCUCCGAGGACCGCGCUUACGAUUCCACCGCGACGCAGGCGGCGCCCGAGCUCGCCACCAGGUUCCACCUCGAGCGCUUCCCAAUCGACGAGCAGGGCCGCGAGGGCAUGGGCCCCGCCCCGUUCGCUCGCGCAACCUUCGACGUCGUCGCCGAGCAGGACACGCAGUCGGCGCCGUACACCCACGUCGACCACGCGCAGUACAAAUCCGUCGUCUACGACGAGAUCAUCGACCCGUACCACUCGGAGAAGUCGCCGUUCAGGAUAGAAUCGCCGAUGGCGCACGGACUGGAGAAGGACCCGUCCGCUCCUAAAGCCUUCGGCGCGUACACGUGGACGAGCCUGGACGCCGCGCAUCCCGGCACCAACACCAUGCGAUUCGACGUCGACCCCAGCGGAGGUCCGCCAAAGAUGGUACAUCAAGGAGGCGGCGGAGGGCGCGCAGAGGGAAUCGGACCUUCGCGACAGGGUCGCGCAGCUGGAGGAGGAGUUGGCGAAUGA